UCAUCAUAACAUACAAAAAACACACACACUCUUCUCUCUCCAUAUCAACAAAAUGCGAACCGUCGUCGUUUUGCCUGCCGCCGUGCUCCUCCUCCUCACCACCGCCUCAUGCUUCCACGACGGGAUGUUGCCGAACGGUGACUUCGAGCUUGGACCGAAGCCAUCCGACAUGAAGGGAACGCAAGUGAUAAACAGGUCGGCAAUACCGAACUGGGAACUCUCGGGUUUCGUGGAAUACAUCAAAUCGGGACAGAAGCAAGGGGACAUGCUCCUCGUCGUCCCGGCCGGGAAGUUCGCCAUCCGGCUCGGCAACGAGGCCUCGAUCAAGCAGCGGCUUAGGCUCAUAAAGGGAAUGUACUAUUCCCUCACGUUCAGCGCCGCCCGCACGUGCGCUCAGGACGAGCGGCUCAACAUAUCGGCCGCACCCGACUGGGGAGUUAUUCCGAUACAGACGGUGUACAGUAGCUACGGGUGGGAUCUCUACGCGUGGGCGUUUCAGGCCGAGACCGAGGUCGUCGAGGUCGUGAUCCAUAAUCCCGGUGUCGAGGAGGAUCCUGCUUGUGGACCUCUCAUUGAUGCCGUGGCUAUGAGGGCUCUUUAUCCACCUAGACCUACUAAUAAGAACGUUUUAAAGAACGGAGGAUUCGAAGAAGGGCCAUUGGUGCUACCGAACUCGACAACGGGAGUUUUGAUCCCACCGUUCAUAGAAGACGACCACUCUCCAUUACCCGGUUGGAUGGUCGAAUCACUCAAAGCCGUCAAGUACAUCGACAUCGAGCACUUCUCGGUCCCACAGGGCCGCCGAGCCAUCGAGCUGGUGGCUGGCAAGGAGAGCGCCAUAGCUCAAGUGGCUCCGGCCAUAGCCGGCAAGACCUACGUCCUCUCUUUUGCGGUCGGAGACGCCAGUAACGCGUGCAAAGGCUCGAUGAUCGUGGAGGCGUUCGCCGGCCGGGACACGCUCAAGGUCCCGUACGAGUCCCGUGGGACUGGAGGGUUCAAACGGGCGGCCAUGCGGUUCGUCGCGACGUCGAACCGGACGAGGGUGAUGUUCUACAGCACGUUCUACGCCAUGAGGAGCGAUGAUUUCUCGUCGCUCUGUGGACCCGUCAUCGACGACGUGAAGCUCUUGAGCGUUCGUAAGCCGUAGGAUUUCGAUCCGACGUCUGAGAUUUGUUUUGUGUUCGAUGGGUUUGGGUAUACCGUAUCACAGGAGAGUGACACAAGUGAAGUAAUGGGCUGUG